UAGCCGGUUUCCUAGAAUCCGGUGCGUUCUGCUCCUUGCCUCCCUGGAACCAUGCCUUGCCGUCACCACAGGAGCUGAUAAAUCCCGUUCCCAGGUAAUCCUCGUGCCGUGCAUGCACCGGCAGGCUCCUUGUCUUUCAGUUAAAUCGUAUUCGGGACCUCGACACAGUCUCCUCCACUUUGUUCACUCGCUAUGGCGACCCCACAUUCGUUACCGACUACGUCUCAUCGCAUCAGCCAGCUGCCGUUUGCACCGUCCCCGAGUCCGAGCCAGCAGAGGUUCUCCAUCAAUAUGACCCGACCACCUAGCGGGAGCUUUUCGGGCAGUGCACCCCCGAGCCGUCCAAACUCUACAGAGCUGUUGCACUCGCGUCCACCGCACGGCGUGAGCCACAUUGGCGAGUCUGGCGUGACACCCUCAGGUCUGCCUUCGUCCGUGUCUUCUCCACCCCUCCAGCUCCGUCCGCCUGUGCGUACUUCAACUCACACGGGAGGCAUCCUUCCUCCUGCAUCCUUCUUUCACCCCUCGCGCCCCAUCUAUCCCCCACCCUCCCCCACCACUCCCACAAUGCGCCGAUCGAGUGUUGGCUCUGCGAUAUCCUCCGACCUACCUAUUGUCAUGGACGCUGUGCGCCUCAGUCGGCUUUCGGAAGAUCAUGAUGUCUCUGAAGCAACGGACAGCAUUGGACAUUCCACACAAGAUGCGAACGUCCCCAUGAGCCCAGCAUCGAAGACAGCGACGGUGAAGCAUAGUCGAGAACCACUACUCCCCAUAGGUCCUGGGCCGCGCAGACCAUCUGUGAAUACCCAGAUGGCCCCUUAUGGGAUGCACGACGGGAGCCUCAGUCCGAGCGGAAUGUUGCGCGGGAGUUUCGAGAAGAUCUUCAAACGCGGGAUAAGCAGCGACGGAAGCCGGCGGUCGCCAGCGCACACGAGUCCUACGAGCCCGCUUGGCCUCACCGUGCCUCAGGCAAACGCACGGACAGGCCAAACGUCGCCGGUCUCGCCUGCGACGGCUGCGCGGAUGACGUUCGAGUUGAACGUGCAAACGCGGCGGAAGCAGAGCCCGUCGCCACCGCCCGACUCGGCUUCGUCGCAUUCGCUGGACUUUAAUCCCUCCCCGCCGGACCUCAGUUUGCCACUCGCCGCGACACCCGCCGUAGACUCACGCACAGGAAAGCCUGCGCGCAAUUGGCAGCGACACCCAUCGAGGAAUCGAUUUUUCCUAAAUGGGCACAUCCUCACAGGAGGAGACGCCCCCUGGGCGUUCGUGGCGUCGCUGACGGUCGUGCUCGCGAUUACCGGCGUAUGGUUCGGGACGACGUGCGCAUGGUGGUGGCAGAACGAGAGUCCAGCGGUCGCGAUUAUAGGCGCAUACAUGUGUCUGCUGACGAUCUCCAGCAUGGCUGCUACGGCGUUUAGGGACCCUGGGAUUUUACCGAGAAAUUUGGAUCUUGACCCGCCGUACGCUGCGCAGAUGUCGAGCGAGAGUGUGCGCGCACCUUUGCCUCGCGACAUCAGAAUCCGUUCGGAGACCGUUCGUACGAAAUAUUGCCAGACGUGCAGAACGUACCGGCCGCCACGGUCAAGUCACUGCAAAAUGUGCGAUAAUUGCGUGGAAGGUUGCGAUCACCAUUGCCAGUGGGUGAACAACUGCGUUGGCAAACGCAAUUAUACUACGUUUUUCACCUUCCUUACGUCUGCGGUUGUAACCUUGAUCCUCGUGAUCUGCACGACUGCUAUCCACUUAUACCUCCUCACUCAAGCACCGUUCCGGUUUAGCUUUCGGAGGGCGCUGCAGACACCUGAUGGUGCUGGAAGCGCGGCGGGGUUUGUGAUGUCGGUACUAGUGAUCUGGCCCGUCAUGGCACUUCUGCUGUAUCACUCGAGGUUGCUGCUGUUGAAUGUCACAACCAUCGAGCAGAUACGCAACCAAGCGCACAAGUCGCUGUUUCCGGGGCCCGCGCCUGUCAACCCGUUCUCGCAUGGCUCUUGGCGACGCAACCUCAUCUAUGUGCUAUGCCGACCAGCGGGCUACUCGUGGCUGGAUGCAGCGGCGGUCGCAACGGAGGACAGGCGAGAGGUGAAUCCAGGUUUGUUGCGGGAUGCGGAGGGUGGAAGCGCGGUCGGUGAUGCGUGGACGGAGGCGAUGGAGGAGGGCCGGGGGAUGAAGGUACAAUGACGUGUGGCGACAGUGUUGCUGGAUAGAUAUAUGCAUGGAUGGUUGCUAUCGAUUUGGGCAGUUCUGCGAUAGGUAUUAUACGGUACAUUAUUUUCUGUCUGUAGUAUGGUGUCUUCGACUGCUAUCGACUUUGUUCGUACGUUUUCGGGGGAUGUUAGCCGUGUGUUCUGUUCUCGAUCUGCGACACGCUGCUCGCUUGCGAGAGGCUUCUUGGUGCCUGAAGGGCGGCAUCGACAACUGUGCUUG